AUGGUCAUGAAAAGGUGUACCAUCUGUGACCGGCGGUUUAAGAAGACGGAGCAUUUCAAACGCCAUGAAAGGUCGCACACGAAGGAAAAGCCCUACGAGUGUAAUGUCUGUCAUAAACGGUUCUCGCGAAGCGAUGUUUUGAGUCGCCAUGCCAAAGGUCACAAUGGUGCGACAGCGUCUGCACCACCUGGAGCUAAGGAUGGCCAGCCUGUGACGACAGUCGACCCAGCUUCCAUUCGUCGACCGUCCGCCCUCUCCAAUGAUAAUCCACCCUAUUUAAAUGGCACGAGAGCUACCGAAUUGACACAACAAACUCCGGUGAUACCCCAUGACAUGCCUUCCUCAACAACCGGCCUCCCACCAACGUCUUUAGACUUUCUGGCAACCGUUUCUGCACGUCACGCGCGCCCCGAACCCGAAGUUAGCUCCAUGACGAUGGGGGACCAACGGACGUACUUUGGAUGGAAUGAGGUGGCUGCAACCGAUUCGCCGGCUUACAGAGGGUCCUUACUUGGCGCUAGUCCGAACGAAAUGACGCAAUUCUGGUUCGAGCCUCAAGCCGACGUGGGCUUGCACAACGGCUCACCGAGUCUAAUGGCGGAUUCUAGCCUUGGCAUGCUUGGGGAGCAUGUGGAGGCUUCUCCAGAGCGACCAGAUAGAGCCUCGGCAGACAGUCUUGGAGUCAAGUCCGUAGAGGGUAUCAUGAGUGAACGAUUUGCCAAUCUUCAGAGAUAUUGGUUGCGACCUUCGAACCAUAAUGGGCGUCUCAUAAACAAUCUAUGGGGGGAGGUAGCCAACGUCGACUUGGACAACAUUUUUACCCUGUAUCCUGUGUUGGGAGUGGACAGCACGUCAGGCAUUCUUCAAGAAUCCCGGUAUGGUCUGGACGAGGAAUGUCGGCAGCAUCUACUGGCGGAAUUUGGAAAUGUUCGACUUGACAAUUCACAUAUCCAUCCGGUAGAACAUGGGGCUGUCGCCCUACCUAAUUUCCCCCCCGCUGAAAUUCUAGAUAUGGCGCUGGACAUGUACUUUCGAAAUUUCCACCCGAUUGUGCCGUUUGUUCAUCUGCCUACAUUUUCUGCUAGGAAUUCUCGUGCUUCUGUGCUGUAUACCAUGUGCUUGAUUGGAAUGGUAAUGCUAGGGACGAAAGGGACCACUUACUUUGUUUCUAAGAACUUUUCAUAUGUGCUCGAGAAACUUACUGGUGAGCUCGCCAAGUGCUCUUUGGGGACCGAGUCCGCAGAGAACACCAUGUCUAUAUUUGCUGCUGUUUUCCUCUUCCUGCAUCUCGCGGCCAUGGCUGGGGAAAAAGAGCACUUGGAAAAGUGUCAGAUGCUCUACAUCAGUCUCAUAUCUAUUGCCCAGCGGCAUGGGCUUUUCACAGCGACAGAAGGCCAAAUACUAGAUUUGAGCUUCUUUGAAGCGAUUCUAGAGGCUGAUAUGAAAUGGAAGACUAAUAUCUGGACUUUUGCUUUUGGACUCCUGAUCAUUCUACCGUGCAACGAAGGUCUUUUCCAGGCCAACAAUGCUGCGAGAUGGAUGCAGCUGAUCCACAGCGGCAUGCAUAUCCUGAUGCCCACCGUGGUGGCGCCAUCCGAGAAUGUCAAUAUUCCAGACCUGGAAAGCCCCGUUGAUAGCUUCGGCAUGCAUUUGCUAUUGGCUAUGGUUCAACUCCGGCUGUCAGAAGCCUAUCAUAGACUAUUGUCGAACCGAGCCAGCUACCCAUUUGCUCCUUGCCAUACGUAUGCGAUGGACGGCCGUGCGCGCUGCUUGCCCUCUCUUCAAUUGCAAAUCGCUAGCAAAUAUGCAGACGUUCUAUCGCAAUUGGAUCCGAAUGCAGCUGUCAUGUGGCACAACAUGUGCAUGACACUCACGGCCGAUACACAGAUAUUUGACCUGGCCGCCGGACGGGCUGGUCCUGGCCCAGUGCAAAAAGCACUGGAUGAUAUCGCCGCGUGGUCUCAGACGCCUGCAGCACGAAGGGCAUGCUUACAUGCUGCCCACAUUUACAAAGCCAUGGUCAACCGCAAAGCGUCUGAUCAAAUUAUGUCCCACUCCGUGUUCUCAAUUUUCUCUGCUGCAAUAGUAUUGGGGCUGUACGUAUUCGUGGUGCCAAAUACUACGGAGGGAAUGGGGCAGGGUGCCUACCUCGAGCUUCUCGACGAUAUAAAUUGGCAGGCUGUUGGUACCGAAGGAUUUACCAGCUUCAUGGAACCCGUUGGCAUACAGUCAUCCACGCCGUCCGCGGAUCCGGCAGUAAACUUCAUCCGAAAUGGCGGCGUUGUGUAUCUCCGUGGGGAGCCAUUCCAAGGGGGAUGUCAGUCCGCCCGACGCAUUCUCCAGGACUACGUGGGUCUACUCAAAGAUGCUGGAAAAUGGAGCGAGCACAAGUUUUCGUACGUCCUUCAUACUAUGAGUGAUAUGCUCCUAUAUAUGGAAUGA